AUGAUUGGAAAAAGAAUUACUUGUUUAGGUGGUCCUCUUAUCCAAGGGGGCCCAUGGGGUAUCCAGCUGCGCGCCUUGUCAGUCACAAGUCUAGCAAAAGCCGACUCGCAACGGUCUACCCUGUCGACAAUAUGGGUGCCAACUGGGGGUAUAACUGCUAAUGAAGAUGAGUUUGGUCACGGAAAACUCGUUCGCGGUGGUUUCCUCCGCCAGGCUCACUCUGGUAUUUUUCAGCUUCUUCCUCUAGGUCUCCGUGUUCAGGACAAGAUAGAAAAGUUGAUUGAUAAACAUAUGCACUCAGUUGGCGCAUCAAGGUUAUCUCUGUCAACUAUUUCAUCAGAAGAACUGUGGCGAAAGAGUGAUCGUCUUGAAUCUGUUGCACCGGAGCUUUUUCGACUCAAAGAUCGUAAAGAUACUCCGCUGAUAUUGUCGCCCACGCAUGAGGAGGAAAUCACAGUACUUGUCGCCGGAAUCGUCAAUUCAUACAAGGACCUCCCUAUUCGACUUUACCAGAUCACCCGAAAAUACCGCGAUGAGCGUCGCCCUCGCCACGGUCUUCUGCGCUCACGGGAGUUCCUCAUGAAGGAUCUCUACACUUUCGACCUCACAACACUUGAGGCUGUGGAGACAUAUCGUCAGGUGUCUGCAGCAUACCGCGCCUUCUUUGAUGAGCUAAAACUCCCAUAUCUUGUGGCCGAGGCAAGCUCUGGUGAUAUGGGCGGUGACUUGAGCCAUGAAUAUCACUUGCCAAGUUCUGUCGGAGAAGAUACCGUGGUAAAUUGUGACUCUUGUGGAUAUACUGCUAACGACGAAGUCGCUGCUCUCCGACCCCGCUCUCCGUCAUAUGAUGGUUCGGAGAGCCCUCCGGCGUCUCACUUUCGUGUUUGGCGAGGUAUCUCCAAGGACCGAAAAACCUUGAUCAAUGCUUGGUAUCCUAGACCAUCAGGGACCUCUGCAGAAAGUGGUCUCAAUCUUCAUGCCGUCAAAUCAGCUGUCCCUGAGCUGGACGCCACCAUUGAGGAUCCUUUGCCACUUUGGGGAGUAUCAUUGGAGAGCGGAACGACAAAAGUCAUCAAUGUUGUUGAUGGAAGACUUGAACCGGUGUUUGAAAGGGUUCGCGAUCAGCUACCGUUGUUACCCAAAGAUCUUCAACCAUACCAAGUUGAGUAUUCAACAAUUGGCAGUACAGCCUCUGGUGGCGGGCUGAAUUUGGCACGUAUCACUGAUGGCGAUGCCUGCCCUCGAUGUGAAGAUGGCGCAUUAAAAAUCCAUCGUGCUUUAGAGUGCGGCCACACAUUCCAACUUGGAACUCGAUAUUCAGUACCACUCGAUGCCUGUGUCACUUUACCACGCUCGGGGAUUCCGGCGACAGCUGCGGAAGAGGGGCUGGUCCAAGGGAGUCGUAUUCCUCUUCAAAUGGGCUGUCAUGGCGUUGGCGUUUCGAGAAUCUUUGGUGCUGUUGCUGAGAUUCUCGCGGACGAGCAAGGACUAAAUUGGCCCCGAGCCAUUGCGCCGUUUGAGGUUGCGAUCAUACCUACACCAGACUUAGCCGAAGACUCUCUGAGAAUUUACGACUUGCUUGCCGCUGGCGACAAUUCGCGUAAUAGCUUGGAUGUUGUUCUCGAUGAUCGCCAGCGAUCAUUUGUCUGGAAGAUGAAAGAUGCCGAUAUAGUAGGGUUUCCUGUCUUGGUUAUCCUGGGAAGAUCUUACAAAGAGAAUGGAACUUGCGAGGUUCAAUGCAGACGACUUUCGAUCAAGGAAACUGUAAAGCUUGACGCUCUGCCAGCAUUCAUCUCAAACUUAUUAGAUCAGCUGUGA